AUGACAUUGAACUGCGUGUGUCAUCUUUUAAAGAUUGCUACCGUGCUGGGCAGUCGCCAUGAUAUGCUUACGCUUAGUCCCUCCGAUCGCUCGCUGGUGCGUUAUACCAACGAUUCGCUGUUGGUGCAAUGCCGCAGCUCAACUACAGAGUCGCAGCUGGUGUGGCGCUCGCCGAAAGGCGAAAUAAUUAAGGAGCACAAAGGACGCAUACACAUCGAGCAGAGUGCGCCAGAUCAACUGACAAUUGUUUUCACACACAUUUCGCUCGGCGACAAGGGCAAGUGGCGCUGCGAAGAUGCCAACGGUGAUAGAGCGGAAAAAUCUUUUGAGCUCAUUGUCUAUCAAAAAAUCGCUUUCACCGAGAAUUUCACCAUUCUCACGGUGAAGGAGGGCAAGGAUGCGUUUAUACGUUGCGAGGUGAAGGGCGAACCGCAACCAAAUGUCACUUGGUAUUACAACGGACAGCCAAUUAUUGUUGAAUCAUUUACGGGAAACACAACGAAAUUCCAAAUACUGGCUGACGGAUUACAGGUUCGCAAGGUAACGCAGAACGACACUGGCGAGUAUACGUGCCGCGCCUACCAAGUGAACACAAUCGCAUCGGACAUGCAGGAGCGCACCAUUUUGAUGAAAAUCGAACAUAAACCAAUCUGGCGAUACAGCCAACACAUACCGGUGCAGUAUGUUUACCCGAACGGAAGUGUGACUAUAGCGUGCGAGGCAAUCGCUGAGCCGCCAGCCAAUUUCACCUGGUACAAGAAUGGCAGCAAGAAACGUUUGCAUAACGACAAACACCACGCCAUCGAGAAGGAUUUUUAUGCAUCCACGCUGACGAUUUAUGCGCGCAACGAUGACGUAUUCGACACGUACCGCUGCCUGGCCGAAAAUCAGUUAGGCGCCAUUGAACGCAACACCGUACUGAAGAGAGGCGUCAAGCCACCACCACCCAGCGUACUCCAGUUGCGUGGCUUCAAUUCGAAUACAUUCGAUGUGGAUGUUGGUUCGGUGCGUGUCUCGCCGGCGCGUACUGCUCCGUCAAAAACGGAACAAUUGAUGGAGGUGAACGGUUUUCGUAUUGAAUAUAUGACAGAGUAUGAAUUCAAGUCGGAUGGUGGCAAAUGGACGAAUGCUAAACGCCGGGACUUCCCGUUCGAAGAUGGCGCAACUUUUCUCAUCAACAAUCUGGAAGCCAAUACCACCUAUUUGAUGCGUGCCGCCACCAAAAACUUGGCCGGUCUCAGCGAUUAUACGAAAGUCGAGAAAUUCCAUACACUCUCCAAUGAGCCGAAAUCCUCGUCAACGCAUCUCGAGCACUUGAAUGCCACACAGCUGUUGUGUAUAUCACUGGUGGCGUUGUUGUUGUGCAAGGAAUUGUCUUUCGGCUUUCAACCUGUAAGCAGUAUAACGAAGUUGCGACGCGCUGUCGGUGUGCGUUGGUGAAGCAAAUGUGGCGCAAUAAAUAAUAGAGCAGUGAGUAAAUACGCCAGCAGCAGCAGCAGCUUUCUAUUCGGUGAAAGCGCGCUAAGAAAGUAUGGGUAUGGGUUUCAAGUUAUAUAUACACAUGACAAUAGUUAUUAUGUGUAAAAUGUUUGCUUAGAAUUAAGAGUUAAAGGCUACGAAGAUUAUUUAUAUUUUACUUAGUUGAAACACACACACCAAAUAAUGGAAAUAUACAAAACGGAAGUCUUUUAAUUAAAUAAAUUGAUAAAAAAUAUAUAUAUAUACGCUGAUGUUUACAUAAACAAAUUUUAAUGCUUACGAUAAAAACUUAAUAACAUGUAUAUUUACAUAAAUAUUCUAUUUGCAUAGCAUAAAAAUAAUACAUAAUACAUGGCGAAAUUUUUGAACUCUGCGCUUAGGUGUUAAUCGGCUUAAAAAAAAAUCGUUGCCAGAAUUUUAUAUUUAUAAUAUAACUAUAAUAAUAUAUACUCAUAUAAGCAAGCCAGUAUUUUAUGUAUACGUUAAUGCUUUACAUUCGUUAUACCUAUAAUUAUAAUUACUUAUAUAUGCGUUUUUCAUAACGACAAUAGUCCAUCGCAAAUCUCACUCAGUUCCGUACUCACAAGUAUCUCUUUUGUUUGCAAAAUUCCUUUGAAAAAAAAUUUUUUUUUUGUUUACUUUUAGAUAAUUUCGUUUUAUUUUUGUAAAAAUAUUGCAAUUUUUUAUAUUCUUUAAUUUUACAUUUCAGUAUUCUUUUUACAUAUCAUUAACAAGCUCGAAUCAUGUCUGUGAGCUUAUUUAAGAAGCUUUAUAUACAAUUUAUUUUCAUAUAAAAUUAUUACAACUUUUUUUUACAUUUUUAUCUUUUAACACCAUAUCUGCAAUUUUUUGUUAAAAUCAGUGAUUUUUCUUUUAAUUUUGAUAAUUUUAAGCUUUUUAUCAUCCCAAAAGGGUUUAAAUCAAGCGUAAAUAUAAGUUUUAUACAUAAUAAUGCCACUUCAUUUAAUCAUGUCCAUUAUAAAUUUAGCAUAGUUCUUUACUAAAACAAAAAAAAAAGUUUCAUUGUAGAAUUGGGUUUCAAUUUGAAUAUAAAAAUGUUUUUUAAUGAAGUGUGUUUGGAACGCUCUUAAUAUAUGUAUAUGUGCCUUUCUUUUAAUACCUAUUUAUUCUUGGAACAAAAAUAUGAAGAUUUUGCAUUUCGAUUUCGCUCGAUAUCAUAUUCACUUAGCCAUUAUUAGCAAAAUAGAAUUGUUGCAGAAGCGGCAGAUUUUGCAACUGAAAUAAACAAAAACUAAUUUAUUAUAUAAAAUAACUAUAUUUUGUACAGUGUUGUCUCGUUUUUUUUUUUUACUUCCUGCGGGAAAUUGAUUUUGUCGGUGUCACCAUGACAAAGUUUAGACACAUUAACAUUACUGAAGCUCUUUUUUUAAGAUGUGAGUUUUUAUGUAAAAUCAAAAAAUAAUUAGAAGAAAAAUUUUAAACUCUAUGUCCUUUUAAUAAAAUUAAUGUAAAAACUUUGUUUUAAGCUUUAUUCAAAAAGUUCAAAAUUUUAAACAGAGAAAUACUAAAUUCUCCAUACAUACAUAAAUGUCAGAAGUUGCGUUCUAAAGGAUGACUAUAAUAAGGUUUUAACGAUCACUAAAUGCAUGUACAUAUACAUACAUACGUAUAUUUUGUAUGUUUUAUUUUUUUUUAACUUUUUUUUUUUAAUUGAGAUCAUUUUAAUUUUGUUUUUAUUUAAUUUUAAUUUUUUCAUAAAUUCUCUUAUAUUUAGCUUUUAAUUCUUUGUUUAAUUUUAAUUUUUAAUAUUAACUUUUUAUUUUUUAGUUAACUUCUAGCUGUCUUUGAUUUUAAUUAUUAUUUAUUUAAUUAAUUUUAAUCUUGUUUGUUUCAUUUUAAUUUUUUUAAUCAACUUUUAAUUUUUUCUCUUUUCAUUUUGAUUAUUAUACGCUCGCAACUCGUUGCUACAGAGUAUAAUACAAUAGUUUUGUGCACCUAACGGUUGUUUGUAAAACCUAAAACUAAUCGAGUUAGAUAUAGGGUUAUGUAUGUGUAAAUGAUCAGAAUGAAGAGACGAGUUGAAAUCCGGGUGACUGUCUGUCCGUCCGUGAAGCUAUAAAAACAUAUUCACUGGGAACAAAUGCUUUUAGCAUCUCUAUCGACGGUGUGAAAUUUUUUUAUUUAACUUUAAUUUUUUUAUUUUUAUUUAAUUUUUUUUUAUUUCAUUUAAUUUUUAUUUGGUUUAAUUUAUUUAUUUUUGUUAUUAUUUAUUUAGAUAAUUUUAAUUUGUUAUUUUAUUUUAAUUUUUUGAUUUAACUUUAAGUUUUUUUUUUUUAAUAUAUUAAUACAUAUAUAUUAUAUUCAUUUUAAAUACAUUUUUUUUAAUAUAUAAGUUUUUCAUUUAACUUUUAGUUUUGUAUUUAAUUUUAAUUUCUUAUUUCUCCACUUAAUUUUUAUUUGUUUGUUUACUUUUAAAUUUUUAUUUGAUUUUAAUUUUUCUAUUUAACUUAAGCUUUUAACUUUUUUAAUAUUGUUAUUUUUUUACUUGAAAAUUCUAAUUUUUUUUAAAAUUUUUUAAAUAUUUUUUAGUUAUAUGUUUUUAUUUAAUUAAUUGUUUUUUAUGUAUAUACUUUUUUUAUUCAACUUUCAGUUUUUGACUUAAUUUAAAUUUUUAGUUUUUCUCUCUUUUGCUCACUUUUUUUUGACAUUUUAUAAAUUUAAUUUUUUAUUUGAUGUUCUUUACCUAAUUUUAAUUAAUUUAAUUUUUAUUUAUUUUUUAAUUUAAUUGCAUUUUUUUAUUUAACUUAAAAAUUUUUAAUUUUUUUAAAAUAUUUUUUCUAUUUGAUUUUAUUUAUUUGUAUUUUUAUAUAUGUAUACUAAAUUUUUUGAAAUAUGUUAUUUUAAUUAACCUUAAUUUUUAUUUUUCUUUUAUCUUUGUUAUUAAAUUUUUAUAUGAUGCUUCCCUUUUUUAUUUAGUUUCUUUUUUUUUUUUAUAAAUUUUCAAUAAUGAAUACAGCUUCCUGUUAUGUAUUCCGAACAUUUAUUUAAUAUUUACACACAUCUAUGUACGUACAUAAAUGAAAAUCGAAAAUUUCACAGAUUUCAUUUCCUGAAAUGCCUCAAAUAUUGAAAUUGUAUUGAAAAUAUAUGUAUGUAAGUUUCUAUGAAUUCGGCUAAAGUAAAUAAAGCAAAAAUAUAAUUGAAAUUAAUAUAUUUAUGUAUGUACUGUGAAUUUUGAUAAUAGAACAAUUUAUGACGAAAAUAAAUGAAAACAACAAUAACAAAUGUGCGUUGCAAAUGCUUAAAGCAGCAAAAUUUAGAGAAAACUCGAGUAUAAAAAUCAUUAUAUUUUAUGCUAUAGAAAUAUUUACAUAAUAACGGUCUAUGCAUAUAAACAGUUAACUUAUAAUUACAUAACCAGAUAAAAAUGGGUACGAUUGUAAAAGCUAAUUGUACGCGCUAAUUGUUGUUACGUGCCAAAAUAUAUAUGUGCUAAAGCUACAUGCCAAAUUAUAUAAUAAAAUUUAAAAUAAAAUACAAUAACAAAAAACAAUAUCUCUAUGUAUAAUAUGUGAAAAUUUGUACAUUAGAAAUAUAUUUUAAGCAAAAUGGAUAUUUAAAAAAAAACUACAUACAUACAAACAUAUAUAACUACAUAUAAUUUUAUUAUUUGAGCGCUUCACACAUACUCGUAGUAAUAUAUUUUUAUUAUUACUUUUAAAUGCUAUAGGGUAUAUACGUGAACAUAUACAUACAAACAAGCAUAUGCACAUAGGUUGGUUCUUAUUUGUGCCAAAAAUUUUACUACAGUUUUUCUCAUACACAGUAGCCAAUGUGCUUAUAAAAUUUGAACAAAAUUUAAAGUUUAGAGAGAACAAAGUUCAAAUUUCUUAAUCGCCAAACAUCUUUACCAAAUUUUAUAUGGAAAAAUUUUUGCUCUAAAGCGAAUAAUCUAAAAAGCAUCGUACAAUUCAUUUUUUCAAGGAUCACCCUAAUGUGUACAUAUAUAUGCAUACAUAUAACUUAUAACUGCAUAUAGCGUGAAGUUACACCAAAACCACUAUAAUUUCAAAACCAAAUUCCUAACCAAACAGAUUUGUUAGAGUAUACCGUUAAUACUGUUAUAGUCAAAGGCCCCACUUUUCUAUGGAAUUUUCAAUAAAUUAUAUGUCACAAAAUUAACAAGGCGCUGCAACAUAUACUCUCAAAAACACACAUACUUUCUUACUCCAAAACACACACGUACAUAUACACUCAAAUACACUUGAACGCAUUAAUUAAAUAUGUAUAUGGAAACGCAUGAAAUUUGUACUUGUUUUUGUAUUCGUUUACAGCUAAAAUCUAAGCGCAUAAUUAACUUAAAAACAAAUGUUAUAGCAUACUCAUUAACAUUUAAAAUAAACAAGCAUACAAAUAAAUAUAUAAACAUAUUAUAUGUAUGCAACAUAUUUGAAUUCGAAAUAUAUAUAUUUACGUAUGUAACAUAAACGCGGUCAGCCAUUGUCUAACGAAACGGAAAUAAACUGAAAUAAAUUAUUUGUAUAAAUGUAAAA